GCAAUACGCCUUUCUGGCAACUUCUCGGUUCAGCUUCCUCUUCCCACACAAAACAAAACACUAAGCAAAAAUAAACUGUAGGAAUUUUAUAUUGAAAGAGAUGACGUUGCCCGAGUUUUUUGGCUGCACUUUUAUCGCCUUUGGUCCGCCAUUUGCUCUGUUCGUUUUCACCAUUGCCAAUGACCCUGUACGGAUUAUUAUCCUGAUAGCAGCGGCAUUUUUCUGGCUGCUUUCACUGCUACUUUCCUCGCUUUUGUGGUUUGCUAUGAUUCCACUUCGGGAUGUCCUGGCAUUCGGCGUGUUCUUCUCAGUUCUGUUUCAGGAAUGCUUUAGGUACAUAAUCUACCGCAUUCUGCGCAGCACAGAGCAGGGUCUGCACGCAGUUGCCGAGGACACGCGAGUUACGGACAAUAAGCACAUCCUGGCAUAUGUGUCUGGACUAGGAUUUGGAAUCAUAUCCGGGAUGUUUGCCCUGGUGAAUGUAUUGGCUGAUAUGAGUGGGCCUGGAACUAUGGGUCUCAAAAGUGGUACCGAACUUUUUUUUGUCACCUCGGCCGCUCAAGCUCUUUCCAUUAUCCUGCUGCACACAUUCUGGAGCGUAAUAUUCUUUAAUGCCUUUGAUACAUGUAACUACUUGCACGUUUGUUACGUUGUGUGCAGUCAUCUGUUUGUGUCCUUGAUAACUCUGCUUAAUGCGAGCGAAUUUUAUACCACGACCUUGCUCAUUAACUACAUAAUUACUAUUAUUACUGGUGUUAUAGGGUUCAGAGUUGCUGGAGGUACAUCGCGCAGUUUCAAGAAGUUUAUAACAUGCCAAUAACAAGUAUUAAGAAUUUAGCUUUUAAAAAACACUUUGUAUGCUCCACAUGUAAUCUUAAUAUAUUAAGCCUGUAUAAACCUAUAUAUAACCUAAA